CGCCGCCCCGCGGAGAUGAGCCGGCCCGCCGCGCUGCUGCUCUGCUUGCUCGGCUGCCACGUCUGGAAGGCGGUGACCAAGACGCUGCGGGAGCCGGGCGCCGGAGCCCAAGAGGUGACGCUGAAGGUGCACAUCAGUGACGCCAGCACCCACCAGCCCAUUGCAGAUGCACUCAUUGAGAUCUUCGCCAACCAGGUCUCUGUCGCCUCUGGCACAUCGGGGACUGACGGGGUCGCCUUCAUCAAGUUUCAUUAUAAGCUGGGUAACCAGUUGGUUGUCACAGCCACGAAACACGCCUACGUGCCAAACUCUGCCCCAUGGAAGCCAGUCCGGUUGCCUGUAUUUUCUUCAUUGAGCCUCGGCUUGCUUCCAGAACGAUCUGCUACUCUAAUGGUCUAUGAAGAUGUUGUCCAAAUAGUAUCAGGAUUUCAAGGUGCCCGGCCACAGCCUCGCGUUCAUUUCCAGAGAAGGGCCCUGAGGCUGCCCGAGAACACCAGCUACAGUGACCUGACCGCCUUCCUCACGGCCACCAGCUCUCCCUCUGAGGUGGACAGCUUCCCCUACUUGCGAGGACUGGAUGGAAACGGGACAGGAAACGGCACCAGGUAUGACCUGGCCCCGGUCACGGCCGUCAGCGUGCACUUGCUCAGCAGUAAUGGAACCCCGGUGCUGGUGGACGGCCCCAUCUACGUCACCGUGCCCCUGGCCACACAGAACAGUCUGAGGCACAAUGCCUAUGUCGCAGCCUGGCGGUUUGAUCAAAAGCUGGGAACGUGGCUGAAGAGUGGUCUAGGCCUGGUGCACCAGGAAGGCAGCCAGCUCACGUGGACGUACAUCGCCCCCCAGUUGGGGUACUGGGUGGCAGCCAUGUCUCCUCCCAUCCCAGGUCCCGUUGUGACACAGGACAUUACCACGUAUCACACGGUGUUUCUUUUGGCCAUUUUAGGAGGAAUGGCUUUCAUACUUUUGGUUUUGCUGUGUCUCCUUUUAUAUUAUUGCAGGAGGAAGUGCUUGAAACCCCGUCAGCAUCACAGAAAACUGCAGCUCCCCCCAGCCCUGGAGAGCUCCAAGAGAGACCAGUCGACAUCCAUGUCCCACAUCAACUUGCUCUUUGCUCGCCGGGCGUCAGAGUUCCCUGGCGCGCUGCCGGUCACCAGCCAGAGCCGCCCUGAAGUCCCCGGGUCGAAGCAACUGACGAGCGGGGUACAUUUAGAAAUGAGGUCCCCCGGUGGAGAGGGGGACCUGCACACACCCAUGCUGAAGCUCUCCUACAGUACCUCACAAGAAUUCAGCUCCAGGGAGGAGCUGCUGACCCACAAGGAACAGGACAAAAGCCAAACGUCCUUUGGUAACCUGACCCCAAGUGGGACGCUGGGGAAAGACCACCACAAGUCCGUGGAGAUCUAUCCCUUAAAGGCAAGAAAGUCUACGGAAAGAGAAGGCUACGAGUCCCCUGGCAAUGACGACGACAGGGGUAGUUACAGCGCUAUGCUCUCCCAGCCCUUGUUUGAAAAGCAAGAUCGAGAAGGCCUCGGCUCAGCAGGGAGCAAACUCACCAUUCAGGAACAUAUGUACCCCGCGCCCUCGUCCCCUGAAAAGGAACAGCUGCUUGACCGCAGACCUACUGAAUGUAUGAUGUCGCGAUCCGUUGAUCACCUGGAAAGACCCACGUCUUUCCCACGGCCAGGCCAGCUGAUCUGCUGCAGUUCUGUGGACCAGGUCAACGACAGUGUUUACAGAAAAGUCCUGCCUGCCUUGGUUAUCCCUGCUCAUUACAUGAAACUCCCAGGGGACCACUCCUAUGUCAGCCAGCCUCUGGUCGUCCCUGCGGACCAGCAGCUGGAAAUAGGAAGACUCCAAGCUGAGCUCGCCAACCCCCACGCGGGCAUCUUCCCACACCCAGCCGCUCAGAUGCAGGGCCAGCCUUUGUCCUGCCAGGCCGUCUCUCAGCAGCACCUGCAGGAGGCCGGUGCCCGCGAAUGGAGCUCUCAGAACGCAUCCAUGUCAGAGUCUCUGUCCAUCCCAGCGUCCCUGAAUGAUGCAGCCUUGGCACAAAUGAACAGCGAGGUACAGCUCCUGACUGAAAAGGCGCUGAUGGAGCUUGGGGGUGGGAAGCCCCUGCCACACCCCCGGGCAUGGUUUGUCUCCCUGGAUGGAAGGUCCAAUGCCCAUGUUAGGCACUCCUACAUUGAUCUCCAAAGAGCAGGAAGGAACGGAAGUAAUGAUGCCAGCUUGGACUCUGGGGUAGAUAUGAAUGAACCAAAAUCUGCUCGGAAGGGAAGGGGGGAGCCUUUGUCUCUCCAGCAGGGCCACCCACCUGUCCAGGAGCUCCAGCAGAAAGAACCCGGAGCUCCGGACAGCACCGCCUACACACAGCUCGUGUACCUGGACGACAUGGACCAGAGCAGCAGUGAGUGUGGGACCACGGUCUGCACCCCCGAGGACAGCGCACUGCGGUGCUUGUUGGAAGGGUCAGGCCGGAGGAGUGGGGGACAGCUUCCCAGCCUGCAAGAGGAGACCACCAAACGAACUUCCGAUGUUCCCCUGGAGCCGUUAGCCAGUCCCAACCAGAGGAGAUCUGCCCAUGAUGAAGAUGAAGAUGAUGAUGAUGACGAUGACCAAGGAGAAGACAAGAAAAGCCCCUGGCAGAAACGGGAGGAGAGGCCCUUGAUGGCCUUUAACAUCAAAUGAGCCAUCGCUGAGCCACUCGACCGUGGAAUUUAAAAUUGCCAAAUAUCCUUUCUUACAAGAGGUGUUUGUGGAGGAGGCUGGACGGCGCCACCACGGAAGUAGAUGCUGACUGCCUUGACAUGGAUGUGUCAGUGGCAGAAAGGAAUUAAAGUCAUUGCUCAGAAUAAAGAAUGAAUCUGAUGGGCGCUGUCCCUCCAGGGAAGCGGCCGGGAGAUGUGUCUGGACGUCAUUCUACAGACUUACCUUGUCCACUGUCAGGGACACUGGAAAACCGCACGUUGUGUUGCUGUGCUCCAGGGAUCACCUCAGUUCUCCCUCAGAUUCUGGGAACAGAUGAAACUCUUUGCAUUCUUUGAAUCCAUUUUAUCAUGAUAAUGCUACUGUGAAGCUAUUGCUAGGAAUCCAGGGGGCGCGCGUGUCCCAAGCCGGCAUUACCGCACAGGAAAGCUAUGCACCAGUGCUCCAUAGUCUUGUUUUGCUUACAUUUUGCUUCAUUUAGGUUUCUUUCUGGGAUUUGCUUUUUUUUUUUCUUCUCUCCUUUAAAGUAUGAUUCAGUUGUAAAAAUUUUAUCAGUUCUUUUUCUCUGUGGCUCAUUUCGGUGUCUCCCUUUAGGAAUUCCUGAGUGUCAUCUCUUAACAUCCAAGCCUUUUAAUGAAAUCGUACUGAAAUUUCUAUCAGCUGAGAGUCCUUCAAUUCUGGUCCCAUUAACUCCAAGUGCCUUUUUUACAGUGACAACAGACAGUCCCUCGCUCUUUAGGUUUUUUGUUACCCUCUUUCAUUGAACUGCCUGGAUUUUAUAUGAAGUUAUUGGACGACGCCGUGCUCUUUGCUCUGCAUGCUGCCAAGAGCCAGCUGUGCUCCGCGCCCUCACCCCGUGUCCGCUCUCGUUACCAUGUGUCAGGUGGGUUCUGUUUAGCUAAGAUAGACUAGAGGACACUUUAGAGACGCCCUUCCUGCUCCGUCCCUUUGGCCACUAGCCACCACUGUGGUUUCACUGGCUGUUUGUAUAUAUGGUUACGUAUUAACUCUGGAAUCCUGCAGGCCUGUCUUGCUUGCCGAACAUGAGAGAAUGGGCCGGGCAAGGGGGCUGAAUGUGACUAGUAAAACAAAAAAAAUCAUGUACUAUCCAAAAGUGCCAGAAUGACUUCUGCGCGUUCUCCUUUCAGAGCUGCUUGGUUAUCCAAAAAUGAAAACUCAAAAUAAACUUGGAA